AUGUCUCGAUUAACUAAAACGACAUCAUCAAAUAAAACAACAUCACCAGCGACAAUUACUAAUAAAAGAUCUCAAUCAUCUUCAUCACUCAUAUCAUUAAUGAGAUUGAAAAAUCAAAGUCGUCGUUCUAACGCAAAUUUAUCUGAUAAAACUACAUCGCCAUUAUCAACAUAUAUUAGUGCAUCUAAAUAUAAUUCUGAACAACGUGCAAAAGCUCGUGAUAUUAUAUUAGGUAUACAACGUAAAAAUAUAAAAUUAAUUGCAAUCGAUUUUGAUAAUACAUUUUUAUCAAUACAUACAAGUGGUUAUUAUCAAGGAACAGUUGAUAGUCUAUUAGAACAUAUUCGAUCGACAUUUCAUUAUUUUAUUCAAGAAAUUCUUGAUUCAUCAGCAUUUGGUCAAACACUUCAUGUUUGUAUUGUAUCAUUUUCAUCUCAAGAACAACUUAUACGAAAAUUACUUCAAUUAGCAUUUAAAACUUCUAAAACAGAUCGAAUUAUAAUUCGUUGUAAUACACCUGAUUUUGUUGCACAUAUGAAUGAAGAUUUUCUUGGUAAAGAAUAUCAUUUAUCAUCUGUUGUUACUGAAUUAUCUACACGACGAAAUAAAACAAUUAAACCAAAUGAAAUACUUUUAUUAGAUGAUGAUGUACACAAUAUAUUAAUUGCAGAAGAAUUUGGUCAUAGAGUACUUGAAAUUCGUGAUGAAAUUAAUUUAGACAUUCUAAAAGAUUUCGUUUAUAAUAUGUUACCUGACAGUUAA